CAAGAGGCGGGCGGCGGGAGUGCUCUAGUUUUGAAAUCGGAACUUUGGCGCGGAAGCAAAAGCUGGGUCUGGCGACGGGCUGCUGACUAAAGUGUCUUACACAAUGAUGGAGGAUGAGCUGGCACGCUUUGAUAAAAGCAUAAAUGAAUUUGGAAAUAAGUUCAGAAACACUUUCAGUGACACUCGCUGUCAGAUGGUGGGACUAAGAGAUGUCUUCAAAGACUCCAUUGAAGCACUUGCAGAAAAGCUGUCUGUGAAAUUAAAGGAAGAAGAACAAAUGAUUGAGAUGUUUCUGGAAUAUCAAAAUCAGAUCAGCAGGCAGAAUAAGCUCAUUCAAGAAAAAAAGGAUACUCUAUUAAAGUUGAUCACUGAAGUAAAAGACAAAAAGCAGGAAAUGGAAGUACUGACUGCAAAAAUCCAGGAUCUUAAGGAAGAAUAUUCUAGGAAAAAAGAAACUAUUUCUAAUGCUAACAAAGCUAAUAAAGAGAGAUUGAAAAGACUGCAGAAAUCAGCAGAUUUGUACAAAGAUCGACUUGGACUAGAAAUUAGAAAAAUUUAUGGUAAUAAAUUGCAGUUUAUAUUCACUAAUAUUGAUCCUAAGCAUCCUGAGCGCCCCUUUAUGUUUUCUCUGCAUCUAAAUGAAGCAAGAGACUAUGAAGUAUCAGAUAGUGCUCCUCAUCUUGAGUGCCUAGCAGAAUUUCAAGAGAAUGUAAGGAAGACCAACAAUUUUUCAGCUUUUAUUGCCAAUGUUCGGAAAGCGUUUACUGCUAUGGUUUAUAAUUAAUGUAUAAAUGUAUAUAACAAGGUUGGUUUUUUUGUCAUUUCUUUAUAAAAGAAUGCCCAUCUUA